AUGCACGCUCCUACCAGAGCGACCGCUCGCCUGGCCCUCCACGCCCGCCACCUCCCGUCGCAACGGGCUUUCAGCACCUCCCGUGCUGCGGCCAAGGAAAUCCAGGAGGCAUACAUCCUCAGCGCAGCUCGUACUCCCACUGCAAAGUUCAAUGGCUCCUUUGCCUCCCUCUCGGCUCCCGAGUUGGGCGCCGUCGCCAUCAAGGCCGCCAUCAGCAAGUCGAAUGUUCCUAAAGAAAAGAUAACGGACGUUUACAUGGGCAACGUUCUCCAGGCCAACAUCGGCCAGUCGCCAGCUCGCCAAGCGGCUAUCUUCGCGGGCCUGUCCCCUAACGUGGAGGCGGUGACGAUCAACAAGGUGUGCGCGUCGGGAUUGAAGGCCGUGGUAUUGGCGGCCCAGAACAUCCAGCUGGGACUGGCAGAAGCCCAGGUGGCCGGAGGAAUGGAGAGCAUGACCCGCGUGCCCUACUAUCUUCCGCGCUCGAGCCAACUGCCACCGUUUGGAGACGUCAAGCUCGAGGACGGUCUGAUCAAGGAUGGAUUGUUGGAUGUGUACAACCAGUUUCACAUGGGUAUCUGUGCCGAGAAGACGGCUGCGAAGUACGGUAUCACCCGGGAGGAACAGGAUGAGUACGCCAUCCAGUCAUACCAGCGCGCCCAGCAAGCUUGGAAGGAGAACAAGUUUGCCGAUGAGAUCGCCCCUGUGACUGUGAAGAGCAAGAAGGGAGAGACGGUCAUCUCGCGUGACGAGGGGUAUGAGAGCCUGCAGAUCGACAAGCUGAAGGCCUUGAAGCCAGCCUUCCUGAAGGAUGGCACGGGGACCGUCACAGCCGGAAACGCGUCGACCCUGAAUGAUGGUGCAUCCGCCUUGGUCCUGGGUAGCAGGGACAUUGCUCGUCAGUACGGCACGGGCAACAGAGCACUCGCACGGAUUGUCGCACAUGCAGAUGCAGCCCUUGACCCGGUUGAUUUCCCUGUGGCGCCAGCCAAGGCUGUGCCGAUUGCGUUGGAAAGGGCGGGCAUCACAAAGGAUCAGGUAGCCGUUUGGGAGUUCAACGAGGCUUUUGCAGCGGUCAUCAAGGCCAACGAAAAGAUCCUCGGACUGCAAAACGCCCGCGUCAACCCGCUUGGUGGCGCCAUCUCUCUGGGUCACCCUCUCGGCAGCUCCGGAUCACGCAUUCUGACGACACUGCUUCACCAACUUCAGCCGGGCGAGUACGGUGUCGCAGCCAUCUGCAACGGAGGCGGCGCGGCGACAGCCUUGGUUGUGCAGAAACUGGACAGGGUCGAGUAA